AAAGGCAUGAACUGACGCUUGCAUCCGGUAUGCUCGUGUUGUGUCAUGACUAUUGGUUAGAACUGAUCGGCGCGAUAUUUCUCUUUUAGAAUAUAUAGCCCGAUAUGGCCUGACUAACGGCGGAUCAACCUGACGAAAAUCUCAUGUCUAAUUGCAAGAAAAAAGUAAUCACAGAACGACGUCGUCUUUUCAUUCAUUAGCUCAUCUCUAAUUUUGAAACUCCAUAUCAGUUUUGAAAUCAAAACUCCAACCAAUUCAACACACCAUCUCUCCAUCUCAUCAUCAUCAUCAUCAUCAUCAUCAUCUUCAAAUUCAAGCAACCUUCUUCUCCAUUGAUGACACUGAAGAACAAUAUUCAUGCUUCGGAUCUAUCAACUUAUUAACUGGAUUAAUUUCUCCUCUUUUUUCCCAGUAAUUUCAGAAAUUUCUAAAAAAUGAGUGGAGCAAGAUUAUGUGGAUUGUUAAGUGAGCUAGGGUUUGAAGGUCACGAGAAAUUGGAUCCUGAUAGCUUCGAAUGGCCCUUCCAAUACGAAGAUUCUCGACCCAUUCUUGAUUGGCUUUGUUCUAAUCUUCGCCCUUCUAAUGUUCUUUCUCUAUCCGAAGUUUCUCAGUAUGGGCAGUUUCUACAGGAAGGAAGGUUCUUGGAGGGGGAAGAUUUGGACUCCGCAUAUGAUAGUAUUUCUGCCUUUUCCGCUAGGAGAGACAAUCAGGAGGCUGUUUUUGGCACUGAAGAAGGCCUGAAAGAAAUCAGGGAUGCAACAUCAGCAUAUAAAGCUGAAGCACUAGAGCUUCAAAGACAGCUUAACCAGCUGCAGUCUCAAUUUGAUAUUCUCACUGGCCAAGCUUCGUCCUUAAUACAGGGGAAAAGGGCAAGAGUUGUGGCAACAUCUUCUGUUACAGGACAACUUGGUACAAUGGAAGAUAGCCUUUCAGCAAGAAAUUUGGAGAUGAAUGCAGUUCUUGGAAGGAUUGCUUCAACUGCACAGGAGUUGGCACAUUAUCAUUCUGGAGAUGAUGAAGGCAUAUAUUUGGCUUACUCUGAUUUUCAUCAGUAUCUAAUUAGUGAUUCAACUUGCUCAAAGGAAUUAAACCAGUGGUUUUCCAAGCAUUUGGACUCGGUUCCAUUCCGGCUAGUUGCUCAAGAUGGAAAAGAUAAAUGUUCGUGGGUGAGUUUGGAUGAUGUCUCAAAUGUUUUAGUUAGAGAUUUAGAAAAUUGUCAUCAUCAACGGGUAUCUGAGCUGCAAAGACUUCGCUCAAUAUUUGGAACUAGUGAGAAGCAGUGGGUAGAAGCUCAAGUAGAGAAUGCAAAGCAGCAAGCCAUUCUUAUGGCAGUUAAAUCUCAGGUUGCUUCUGAUGAAGCUCACAUUCAUAUGGAUCUACAUUCUCUCAGGAGAAAACACGCAGAAUUGGUGGGAGAACUUUCAAAUCUCCAUCACAAAGAAGAGAAGUUCUUAUCUGAGACUAUUCCUGAUCUUUGCUGGGAAUUGGCACAGCUUCAAGAUACAUAUAUUUUGCAAGGUGAUUAUGAUUUAAAAAUCAUGCGUCAAGAAUUCUAUAUGAAUCGGCAAAAAGCGUUUAUUAAUCAUUUAAUCAGUCAGCUUGCAAGGCAUCAGUUUCUAAAGAUAGCAUGUCAGCUAGAGAAGAAAACUAUGCUUGGAGCAUAUUCAUUGCUCAAGAUCAUUGAAUCAGAACUUCAGUCCUACCUCUCAGCAACAAAAGGACGGGUGGGUCGCUGCCUAGCCCUGACUCAAGCUGUAUCUGAAGUACAAGAACAAGGCGCGGUAGAUGACAGGGACAAUUUCUUACAUGGUGUUAGAGAUCUUUUAAGCAUAUAUUCAAAUGCCCAGGCUAGUGUCUCAACAUAUGUCUCAGCUCCUGGCAUCGUUCAGCAGAUAUCAAGUCUUCAGUCAGACUUGAUGUCUCUUCAAUCUGACCUGGAAAAUCUGCUUAUUGAGGAUCGAAGUAGAUGCAUCAAUGAGCUGUGUAAUCUAAUUCAGAGUUUGCAGCAGCUGUUAUUUGCAUCAUCAACAACAGCGCUACCUGUAUUAACACCAAGGUCAUUGACAAAGGAACUUGAUGAAAUGGAAAAGAUCAAUGCAAGACUCUCUUCUGCUAUUGAGGAAGUUAACUUUGAACAUUAUCGGAAGAACGAGAUUGUCAAACAUCACACGAAAGAGAUAGAGUUCCAAAGGCGUGUUUUUGUUGAUUUCUUCUGUAAUCCUGAUCUUCUGAUGAGCCGAGUAAGAGAAUUGACUGCACGAGUCAGAGCCUUGCAAGCUUCAUGAUGUUUCUUUAUCGUCAUUGUGUGUGUAUUUAGAAAUUUAUGCUUUUUAUGUUGUGUAUGUGAAGUAUUCUCAAAGAGAUCUCAAGAUGUAGUUCCAGUUCCACAAUUCCUCGGUUUUGCAAAACCCGUCUCAUAUAUUGUUCUGAUUUUUGUGCCUUUAAAGGGGCAGUCAA